AUGGGCCGGCAGCUGGGGCUGCGGGGCGGCAGUGGCCGGGAGCACCGCGCUCCUCGGAGAGGAGGAGGAGGGGGAGGAGGAGGAGGGCUGGGGAACUCGGGUGUGGGUUGGCCGCGGCAUAUCUUGUCUCCCAGUGAGAUAUGUGGCGGCUCUCCCCUGUCUCCCGGCUCUUCGGAGGAGGCUCCUUGUCGCUGGUCGGGAGACUUGCUUAUCUGCGUCCUGGGGCCCGUGUCACCACGCUGUAACCGCCUAACAGCCGGGGUGGAGAUGGAGGGGCCCUUCUCCCAGGCCCUCUGCCCCUUGGGUCCCUCAUCUCCGUGCCGGACCCCUAGUCCGGAGGCUAUGGUUACAAAGACACAUGUGUUGGCCAUGAACUUCAUAGCCACCAGCUUGCAGCUCGCCAAGUUUCUCACCUGGUCUGUGGCUGUCCGUUAUGCUGUAGUGUUUGUUAAAGUUUUUGGCUAUACCUGCUUUAGUCUGCCAGGAAUGGUGGCUUACACUGGCUACUGGGAGGCAGAGAUCCUGGGUUCUCAGUUGGAGCCUGCUGGGGCCUCCAAGCCUGGCCUGGUGAUUCCUGCCUGUGAUCCCAGCAAUGUGGGAGCUCAGUGUCCAGUGGCCUCCCUGGUUGGGGCAGCUGUGCUGUUCACUAAAGACCACCAGGGUGUCGAGCUAGUAGGGCCUCCGGCUGGAGUUUUCCAGGGUGGGACUGGUGGAUUCUGCUCUCGGAGACGCCUCCCGGCCUGGUGCCCGCACUUGGGCUGCUGCGGCGGACCACAGAGGCACUGUAUAGAGACCCAGAGGCACACUCAGGCCUUAUUCUGGUGUGGAACAGACAGUGAGGCGGUGCAGUACCACUACGGCCCGAAGGACCUGGUCACCGUCCUGUUCUACAUCUUCAUUGCCAUCAUCCUGCACGCUGUGGUUCAGGAGUACAUCUUAGAUAAAAUCAGCAGACGGCUCCAUCUCUCCAAGGUCAAGCACAGCAAGUUCAACGAGUCCGGACAGCUGCUUGUCUUUCAUGUCAGCUCGGCGCUGUGGUGCUUCUACGUGGCGCUGACGGAAGGAUACCUGACCAACCCGAGAACCCUCUGGGAGGACUACCCGCACGUGCACCUCUCCUUCCAGGUGAAGUUCUUCUACCUUUGCCAGAUGGCCUACUGGCUGCAUGCACUGCCAGAGCUCUACUUCCAGAAGGUGCGCAAGGAGGAAAUUCCCCGGCAGCUCCAGUCCAUCUGUCUGUACCUGGUGCACAUAGCCGGAGCGUACCUCUUGAACCUGAGCCGCCUGGGCCUGCUGCUGCUGCUCCUGCAGUACUCCACCGAGUUCCUCUUCCACAUGGCUCGACUCUUCUACUUCGCAGAUGAGAACAACGAGAAGCUGUUCAGCGCCUGGGCUGCUGUGUUCGGCAUCACGCGCCUCUGCAUCCUCACCCUCGCCGUGCUGGCCAUCGGCUUUGGACUGGCCCGUGUGGAAAACCAGGCAUUUGACCCUGAGAAGGGGAACUUCAACACCUUGCUCUGCAGGCUGUGUGUGCUGCUGUUGGUGUGUGCUGCCCAGGCCUGGCUCAUGUGGCGGUUCAUCCACUCCCAGCUGCGGCACUGGCGGGAACACUGGGACCAGCAGAAUGCCAAGCGGAGGGUUCCAGCGGCCGCCAGGCUGCCAGCCAGGCUGCUCAGGAGGGAACCUGGUUACCAUGAAAAUGGAGUCGUGAAGGCAGAGAAUGGAACUUCCCCACGGACUAAGAAACUCAAGUCUCCCUAAGGCCAAAGUGCUGCGACCAGGAAUCCUCUGGGUGUGGGUCUCGGGAGCGAGGGGUGGCCACUGCCCCGCCCCACCCGCCCCACCUCCACCGGCAGAACUCCUGUCUUCAGACAGGGGCUUCUCUCUCACUCCUCAGCUUUCUCUUCUUUUUCUUCUUCUAUAAACCGUUCUCAAUAAAGCCAAAAAUCUCCCUCUCUUGCUCAGUCGGGCCACCUCUGCCUUGCCUCUGUCCUGUGUGGGUUUUCUCCUGGCAGCCUGGAUUUCCCAUGGAAUCUUUCUCUGUCCUCUUCUUCCGCUUCCUCCACGGCUGCUGCUUUUCCUCCUCAUUCGCACGUGCAGUUUUUCUCUGUGUGAUUCUUACGAUGGACGGGCGCCGAGACUGCGGUCCUGGCCGUCGAUCGCGGGUCUGUCGCUCUGCAGCCCGCACUGAGGUGCCGCGGCACACCGCGCCUCACCUCGGCCGGGUACCUUCCCCGGGCACGUCCUCGUGCGACGGCAGGAGCAGCAGAGGCCGGCCCUCUUGGAUCAUCGUCUUCUUGGUGCUGAUAGACUGAUGAGAUGCAUGAUUCCGGUUCUCUGCCUGGCGCCCCGAGGCACAGCCUCCACCCUCGGGCAUGCCUGGACACGGCAGCUCGGCCGAGAAAGGACAGUGUUAACCCUGCUGGUCCCGCGACUCCCCACAGCUCACAGAGCAGCACCCCGAAACCAGCCUCCCGCGCUCAGAGGACACGUCUUCCCACGUCUAGCGCAAGAGCAAAGUGCUGAGCAGUAGGCUGGUCCAGAAAGAUGAUGCUCUGGGGUGCUGCAGGAGCCAGGCUGGGCUUGUCCUCAGCCAUGCCGGUUGCUCCUGCAUCAGCCGCCCACCAGAGCCCGCGCCCCCGCCAGCCGCUCACCA